AUGAGCUCGGGGAGGACGCUGAAGUUCGCCCUGUGCGAGGUGCUGCAGUUUGCAGGCCUGUGCGUGCCGCUCUUUAUCGUCAUGCAGAGGUUCGCCGUCAUCGUAGCAAAGGUCAAAACGUCGGCACAGCCCGCCGGAGACGGCAGCACGGCCUACUGGUUGAUUGUGGCCUCCUCUAUCGCCUACGUCACCUCCACCGCCCUGCUGGUCUGGGUACCCAUGAAGUAUAUGGUCUUCAUGAAGAAGAAGUUUCUCAUUGGGAGGCAGAAGUGGAGGCCUGUGGCCCUCGUAUAUGUGAUCCUUUCAACAUUACCCUGCUUUGCCUUUCUCAUCGCCAGCUCUGAGGUUCAGAUAAAUAACAACAUGAAACACGAUGCAUUCACGGAGCUCCCUGUGUCGCUAGUCCUCUUCUCUCUCAUCUGUAUUGACGUCGUGGAGAGGAUACGCCACUGCAGACUGACCGGCCAGGGUGAUGACAUGGAGAGAGAUGCUGACAUCCCCUCCACUGUCCUCACACAUGUGGAACAGGUGACACCUGUCACUCCAGCUGCGCCGGCGCCAGCUGUGCCCGGGCAAGCUGGGCUAACUCCCAUGCCAGCAAACCAGCACAGUGACAGGAACCAGAACGGAGCGGGGGCUCGAUCGGAGACCAACGGGACCGUCCCGGGAAUACCGGGUAAUCCCGGGAGGCCAUUUAGCAUCUCCGGCUUGAGCUCACGAUCAGCGAGCACCACGGCGUACCGCAUAUCUCCGUACGCCUACACGGGCCCACUGAGAUUCCUGUGUGCCAGCGACGCCCGAGCGGACGUGUUCGUGGACAGUUUUAUGUUCUGGAUGGACACAGUGGAGAUGGUGAGGGUGGCGGGACACCCCGUUGUCUACUACUCAGGCUGGGUGUUCCCCAUCUACAUCUUCAGCUUCCUGUCCUGCCUGCGGGUGGUGGUCAUGCCCCACAGCCCCCUGCUGUCCUCACUCGGAGUGGCACUGCAGGACUUUCCCUUCUUCUUCGUGCGCGUAGGCAUCGUCGCGUUCUUCGGCUUCGUCACGCCCGUCCUCUAUCUGAUGAAGAACCUGUUGGUCUGCCUGGCCUUUGUCUAUUUCAACUUCAUGACCAGGCUGAGGGUCUUCAACACAGAGAGGAUGUUCUUUUGA